CAAUUUGCAAGAACUUCAAUCAUACAGGGUCCAUAAUGUUGAUACUGUUAGAGGCUUGACUUUUCGUCUGAACCACCUUACGUGUAUGAAAACAAUUACGCGACUCUGGAUGCUUUAAAGAUUGUCAAAUCUAAUUUUACUCAAAAGUCAUAUUUCUCAUGUUAAAAUUCAAUGGUGGAAUUGACAUUUUAUUUUCCCUUCAUCAAACAAAUUUCUAUUUUUGUGAUCUGCCACUGCUGAAAUUCUAUCAAAAACUUGAGAUCUGCCUAGUUCUCUAUUUUUUGUUUUUUAUCUCAAACUUGCAAACCAUGGUCUGCCCAUUUCAAGUACAGUGUGGAGAUUCCUUGAUCCGUCAAUGUUUGAAAUGCACUGCUGGACAAGGAGCAUACAUAUGCAAACUUGAAGAUAAUCUUGUAGCUUUGCAGACUGCUACAGAAGAAUUAAGAGAGUUAAAGGAUGAUGUGAUCCAAAAGCUCAGUAUAGAGGAAGGACAGCGAAUGAAGCGGCUGAAACAAGUUCAAGGGUGGAUUUCAAGAGCUGAAGCUAAGAUAACUGAGGUUGAUGAGCUUAUUAAAGAAGGUCUACCAAAAAUUCUCAACUGUAAAUCUCGCUACAUAUUUGGAAGAAGUGUCGCUAAGAAACUAGAAGAUGUGAUUGCUAUGAAGAGAAAAGGAGAUUUCAAAGUGGUGGCUGAAAGGGCAGCAGGAGAAGCUGUAGUUGAAAGGCCUAGCGAGCCAACGGUCGGUUUGGAAAGUAUAUUGAAUAGGGUGUGGAAAUGCCUUGUAGAAGAAGAAGUGGGAGUUGUUGGCAUAUAUGGCAUGGGGGGUGUUGGAAAAACUACCAUCUUGACCCAAAUCAAUAACAUGUUCGUUACUUCACCCAAUGAUUUUGUUGCGGUGAUUUGGGUGGUGGUGUCAAAAGAUUUAAGACUUGACAAAGUUCAAGAAGAAAUUGCAAAAAGGAUAGGUCUUUCUGAUGAUCAACAAUGGAAGAACAAAAACUUUAGCGACAAAGCUGAAGACAUCUUCAGGGUAUUACACAAGAGGAAGUUUGUACUUUUGCUAGAUGAUAUAUGGAAGCGACUCGAGCUUAAAGAAGUUGGGGUUCCUCUUCCAAAAAGACAAAGCAGGUCGAAAAUAGUAUUCACAGCACGUUCUGAGGCAGUGUGUAGCAGCAUGGAGGCUCAAAAGAAGAUUAAGGUGGAACCUCUGGAAUGGCUUGAAGCUUGGGAGCUAUUCCAAGAAAAAGUUGGUGGAGACACCCUUCGUGCACAUCCUGAAAUCCCUCUCAUAGCUGAAGCCGUAGCAAGGAAAUGCGGCGGUUUACCACUUGCACUCGUUACAAUUGCUCGGGCCAUGGCUUGUAGGAGGACACUUCAAGAGUGGAAGUACGCUGUUGAAACCUUAAGAAAAUCUGCCUCAAAUUUACAAGGUAUGGGGGAUGAAGUGUUUCCUAUUUUGAAAUUUAGUUAUGAUUGUUUACCUAAUGAUACAAUCAAAUCCUGCUUUUUAUACUGUGCCUUGUUCCCUGAGGAUGUCAAGAUUCUGAAGGAUAACUUGAUAGAUUAUUGGAUUUGCGAGGAUUUUUGGGACAACGAUGAUGAUAAUCAAGAGGAUGCCCUGAACAAGGGUUAUAAUAUUAUAGGCACACUUGUUCAUGCGUGCUUACUGAAAGAGGAAAAGGAAGGCAGAUUUGUUAAAAUGCAUGAUAUGAUCCGUGAUAUGGCUUUGUGGGUAGCAUGUGAGGUUGAAAAGAAGGAAAAUUAUUUGGUGUCGGCAGGUGCCCGUUUAACCAAAGCACCAGAGAUGGGAAGAUGGAGAAGGGUAAAGAGAAUUUCACUGAUGGAUAACAGAAUCGAACAACUAAAGGAAGUACCAAACUGCCCUGAUCUUUUAACCUUGAUUCUUCGCUGUAAUAAAAAUUUGUGGAUGAUCACUAGUGACUUCUUUCAAUCUAUGAAUGCAUUAACAGUUCUAGACUUAGCACAUACUGCAUUGCAAGUUUUGCCUACUGGAAUUUCGGAAUUGAUUGCAUUACAGUAUCUUAAUUUACUAGGAACGAAGCUGAAAGAAUUGCCUCCUGAGUUAACCAAGUUAAAAAAGCUGAAAUAUUUGAACCUGAGUUGGAAUGAACAUCUAAGAAACAUUCCAGGAGACCUGAUAGCAAGUCUGCCGAUGUUGCAGGUUUUGAGAAUGUAUAGAUGCGGUAUAGUUUGUAACAUAGAAGAGAAGGGGGAUGUGUUUCGUGGCACUCAUCAUGUAACUGUACAGGAACUGCAGAGGUUAGUGCAUUUGCAGGAGUUGAGCAUAACAAUUAGACAUGCAUCUGUUCUCCAUCUAUUUCUCGACAGCCAGAAAUUAGACUUGACAUGGCUAAUUCUAGCUCCAAAUCUGGCCAACUUGGUGGUCUCGAGCUGUGAAGAAUUGGAACAAGUAAUCAGCUCUGAAAAACUAGGUGAAGUUCUUGAUGGAGAUGAAAAACUAAAUCCAUUUUGGAGAAUUGAGCUUCUUACCUUGCAAAAAUUGCCACGACUGAAGAGUAUAUAUUGGAAUGCCUUGCCUUUUCCAUUUCUUGAGGAAAUUGUUGUAUUCCAAUGCCCAUUGCUCGAGAAGCUUCCAUUAAGCUCUAGCAGCGCAGAGGGGCGUCAAGUUGCCAUCAAAGCUGAGAAACAUUGGUGGAGCACUGUUGAAUGGGAAGAUGAUGAUACUAAAACUGCUUUUCAAUCAUGUUUCUAUGAUAUUCUUGAGCAUUUUCAUGUUUUAUCUAUUUACUAAUUGUAACUAGAGAUUUUUCAGAUGUAUAUCAUUCUGUAGUAUAUUUAUAUCUAAGGAAAGGCAUAGGUACACUUGAUUACCAAUAUUUCAGACCGGAUCUUCAACCUGUUUUUCUUAACCAUUUUUAAUGAUAUUUCAUCGCAAUCCACCUUUAAAAGGGACAAAAAAUGCAGAUGAGGAGAAGCUGCUCCAGAAAAUUGGGUUUGACGACUAUAUUUUUGCUGAUGUUUAUAUCAACAGCCGUGGUCUUUUUUUCUUUUCUUUUUUAGUACUCUAUGCAUUUCUCUCUUAGCAAAAAUGUUACAAAUUCAUUGGUAUUCACUAACAUUGCCAUAUGAUGCAAGAUUAUAUGAAGUUCGUUUUUGUUAUUUUUAAUA